AUGUACCUCUCCCCGCAGUACAUGUGCGAGAUGGGUCUGCAAGACCAGGACGACAAGAGUCUGUUCGCGUUCUACUUGAAGGCCUGGUGCCCGGGCCGGAGCGUUCUGAAUAAAACUAACUGCUGGUUUGAAAACAUCCCUCGGAUGGCAUCCAAAGACUCGUGCGUCAAGUCUGCCAUCCUGGCGCUCGCUGGAACCUACGUGCUCGAUUACCAGCCCAGAGAGAGGAUCCGUCAAAUUGCCCAGCGCCACUAUAAGAACGCCGUGAUUCUUUUGAACUUGGCGUUGCGGGACAUUCGUGACCAGCUCCCCAGCGAUAAUGAGGCAGAUUGCAUGGUAGCUGCCAUGUGUCUCCUAAACAUGAUUGACGUCGUAUCUCCAGAGCAACGCCGGCCGCCAAAUUGCGUUCCUCGUUGGUUAGAGGGUGCUCGUCUCGCGUGUAGGGUAUUAGACGCAACGGAUCCGGGACACCGCUACUGGAACCCCGUCAACAUCCAACCCUCAGAGGCGCAAACGGGCAAUAUGAUUAUUGCCGGUCGAGCGGCUAUCCUCGCCCUUCCGAUGGCUCCCCUCGACUUGGGUGCCACGGACAAUCGCCAGUUUGCGUGGCUGUUGCAGGGGUCGGAGCACGAUGUACACAGAGUGCACGGCGGAUGCGGCAUGUCUCCGAGACUCCUGCAUCGCUUUUCGCACAUUACACACAUGAGCGCCUUCUUAGCCGGCAACCCCGAGGACAGCGAAUUCGUGAUCAAACUGGGUGCUGACGCGGUACUUGAGGAACUGGGAAACCUUUGUCAAUGGACCGAGGCGCCGUCCUCUUCGGCUGCCUCUCGACUAGACAGCUCCAGAGACACCUCUCACCCCCGCGACUUGUUGUCCUCGAUCAAACUCGACAAGCACGGACUUGUCAUGGAUAGGAACUCCAUGACCGAAGCCACAGCGGAGGCGUGGCGCUUGGCAGCCAUCAUCUACCUGCGGUGCCGUCUCUUGAGGCUCCCGCGUUCUCACCCAGAGGUCAUCUCCCGGGUGUCCGAGCUGGUGAGGUGCGUUCGUGUGAUGCCGACGUCAGGCACCUUCUUCACCGCCCAGGCACCUUUCUUCCCGGUGUUCCUGUUGGGUAUCGUAGCCAUACACGAGGCGCACGUCCAGUGUGCCCUGGGCUGGUUCCAGUCGGUCAUCAGCACCAGCUGCCGCUCUAGCGUGCCGCCUGCAUUCCAAUCGCUCGAGCGGAUCCGCGCGUGGAUGGCUCACAACAUCCGUGACGGCAGCAUUCCCGAGCUCCCCCGGCGCAUCUCGGAGCGGUAUCCUUGGUGGGAGACGCUCGUGUCCCAUAUUUUUUCAACCGAAGGGACGUUGUGCUUGAUUUAG